AUGAAAUUACUUACUUACAUUGACUCUUUCGCCGUUCGUCAAUUCCAACAAGGAUACAAAGGAGGCACCCAAAUUCCAAUUUCUGUCCAAUCUUUUGAAGAACAAAUCAACAAAAUUUGGAGCUCUGGAGAUUAUCAAUUGAAGGAUGGUUAUGCACCAUUUUGUAAACAUUUAUUUGUUCCUAAUUUUGCAGGAUGUAAACAAAGUUUCUUGGAAAUUACCAAAGAUAAUGAACAUUUGCUCCGAACAGAAUAUCAACAAAGAAAAGAAUCGGAAUUACCAGUCCUCUGUAGAUAUUUCCCUUACGAUUUAGUAAAGGAUCAAAUCAAGGACUCUAAAUAUUUGGAUAUUAUUCUCUACUCUAAAGAACAAAUAUUGAAGGAAUCUGAAGCAAUGCAAGAAGUUUCCGAUUAUGAAAAGAGACCUGAAAUUACUGAUUGUGAAUGGGGAAUCAUUUCUGUUAAGUCACAAGACGUUGAUUAUGAACUUCCAAUGACUCCAAUCACAAUGAUGAGAAAUGCUUUAGGAAAAGAAGAAGGAGGUAGUGGAGUACCAUUAGAAAGAACCAAAUAUAUGGAUUCUGUUGAAUUUUGGAAGAAUUAUGCCACCAUUGCUUAA